CAAUCUUCAACUUUAGGUACAUUUUACUAUUCUUCAAACCAUCAAGGAUUAAUCUUUUAGCUCUCAGCCUUACAUACCCCAUUAACAAUAUCAUUCAAUUUCUUUUUUGUCCACUACUCAACAUAGGUCGCAGAAAGAGACCCCGCCAUCAAAAAAGCCAAAAACUGUACCCGCGGUCAAGAAAGAUGGGUCAGGAGUCUUCGCAUCUCAUCGACCCGGACACGCCGCCAGAGACAUUAUCGGAGCGCAGUCUCCGUGCUGUCGCACAGCUCAUCAAGGAUGGCGGCGCAAAAAAUAUCGUUGUCAUGACCGGCGCCGGUAUCUCUACCGCGGCUGGAAUACCCGACUUUCGCUCCCCUAAGACGGGGCUGUAUCACAAUCUUUCUCGCUUCAACCUCCCGCAUCCGGAGGCUGUCUUCGAGAUCGACUUCUUCCGCACUAACCCGGAGCCCUUCUACCUACUAGCGAAGGAGCUUUACCCGGGAAACUUUAGCCCGACAGUCUCACAUGCAUUCAUCGCCCUACUUGCUAAAAAGGGUCUUCUCCGCAUGCUUUUCACCCAGAACAUAGAUUGCUUAGAGCGUGUUGCUGGUGUGCCUUCCGAGAAAAUCGUUGAGGCUCACGGCAGUUUUGCUAAGCAGCGCUGUAUCGACUGCCGUACCGAGUUCCCUGAUGACCUGAUGCGCGAGCACGUCAAGCGUGGCGAGGCUCCGCGAUGUAUCCGAAAGGACUGUGGGGGCCUCGUCAAGCCCGACAUCGUCUUCUUUGGCGAGCAGCUCCCUGAGACGUUUUAUAAUAACAUCUCGGUGCCUAACACCGCUGACCUAAUGCUUGUCAUGGGCACCAGCUUACUGGUACAUCCGUUCGCCGGUCUACCGCAACGGGCACGUGAAGGUGUGCCGCGCGUACUUAUCAACCGCGAUCGUGUAGGCGAUAUGGGCUCGCGUGCAGACGACGUCUUAGUCCUAGGGGACUGCGACUCCGGGAUCCGGAAGCUGGCGGAUGAGCUGGGAUGGGGCGACGAACUGGAGGCGACAUGGAGAGCCGUAGUCGGAGAAAAGGAGGCAAACCGACAAUUAUCCAAGACAGAGAAGGAGGAGGAGAUCCAUGACGAGCUUGAUCAGCUGGCUAGGGAUAUGGAGAAUAAGUUGGGCAUCUCCGAGGGCGGCGACGACAAAUUCGAGGCUAACGUCGCGAAGCAGGGAGAGGGCACAACGACUGUUGGAACGCGCGAACCGGAUCAUGCUAAGGAAGGCAUUAAGGAGAGCACUGCGCCUAGUGAUGCAGCACAGCUCGUGGACGACGGCGAGACGGUUCCGGCGAAGAGCGCUGAGAGAUUGGAUCGAGAGGAAGGCCAGAAAGAUGAGGGAAAGGACGUGGAAGCACGAGAGCAAGAUAACGCGAAGAUGAGCUAUGAGCCACUGCAGCCUACGAAGGAGAAGCCUGUUACGGUGGACGACAGUGUCAAGGCGGAGGAUAAGGGCGGGGGCGAUGAGCCUGCGCUAUGAGUUCGCCUUUGGUUAUUUAGUGUGAUAUAUACCUACGCAUAUGAGGUGGUGACAAGAUUUCGCUAUGGGCUUAUGGUUUUGAUGUGUGAAUUGUCGGUUGUGGGUUAUGUAUAGAUUAUUAUCUAUAAAGACGGACGGGCGGGCGGCCGUGUAUAGAUGCGACAAUAUAUACCCACUAGUAUUCUGAGAUAGAGAUGAGGUGGGUUUUUGUUGCUCUUUAGUGUAGAGAUAUAUAUAAGCAUCGAUGUGUGAAUGAUACGAGUUGAAGGCGAUAUUAAUACAACUGAGUGGGAU